AUGGUAGGAUUGUUACAGAAUAUUAUGAAGACGAAAAGUGACGACUUGAAACCCUACGAUGCUACAAUGUCUACAGAAACAAGCACAAAUGAAGGUGAUCUAAUCGACUUACAUGUUGGAUCACCAGUUCUACCGAGAGCCUUGCCCAUCUCUACUUCAGAAGAAUGCUCAGAAGCAUCAGAAAAUCUUCUAGAUACAGAACUACCCGUUUUAGAAGAAAAACUACAAACGGCCAGUCAACUAUCCACGCCGAAGAUAUCGUCGAGAAGGCCUAGCGUUGAUGUAGAAGAUAUUUUGAUAGACAUAGACGAUGAUUAUGAUGAAGUCGAUGGACUGGACGACAAUGACGAGUUCAUCGAAGUCUGCGACAACAUUGAAGCCUUGAAUGUAUUGAAAAACUUGGACGAAGUUCUCGAUGCAACUUUCCAGGAUGACGAUAGCAGUGAUGCUAGUUCUGUGCAGGUGCAACAGGAUAUUGAAGAGUGUUUGGAGGAUUUAGAUAACUAUCUAAAGACAUUGGAGGGAAGCUCCAGCGAGGACGAAUGCGCAUCUUCGAAUUGUACCGAUGAACAACAGAGCGCCGAGGGUUCAAUAGUCACUGAUUGCCUUGAGACAGAAAUUCCAUCGGAGGACAAUGAGGAGAGCAAGGACGAAGAAUUGAGGUGCAAACUGCGUCAAAUCGAGGAAAACUAUAGGAAAUACCUGGCUUCCGGGUGCGUAAAUAAGGCAUAUGUUGAAACGGAACCAAAUGAGAGGGAACGCCGGCCAUUAUCGGCCUGUGGUGCAGUCAGCGAAGCAAAAAGCAGGAAUCACCCGGCUCGCAAUACCGUGGCAGUCGUCCGCAGGAAACGGCCAUCGUUACCAGAAGCAAUGGAUGGUGCUGUAGCGUCCAGGUGUUCCCCGAAAAGCCGGAAGCCCCGUCCAGCUGCCGACUCGGACGAAGACAUCGACUGGAGUUGGGUGCAGGACGUCGCUAGAGACAUCACACUAGAGCGGCGCGCACACGCGGCAGCAGACUGCUGUACCGGAACCGUCGUCUUGGAGGCGCCCCGCAUUACGGUAGCCCCGAGCAGUUCUUCGGCACCCACCAUGGACGAAGAACCCAAAGAAGACGCUAACAAGAGCACGUGGUUGCGUAGUUCGAUGCGCAGAUUGCGACACCUGCCACUACCCAACGGCAACGUUGCCCCAGGUGGGGAACUGUCAGACGCUGUUGCUCCAGUAGAAGACGUCACGGUACACACAUCCGGGCGGCCCGUUAGUGCACCGUCGAGAAUUCCUGCUAGCGUUGUGCAAAGUUCUGCCAGGCCUUCGAGGUCUAGAUCGCGCGAAUCUGAACACAGUGCGGUAUCUCAUGAGCCAAGCGGACGGGCGCGUAGUAGUUCGGCGUCCUCCAGGUCCAGGCGACCGAGAAGUGUGUCCUCUAGUGAGACCAGUUUGCCAUCUACCAUCGAUUCGACUUCUCCAAGUACUCCAGUGGCGACUACACAUACGCCUCAAGAACCUGAAACUCAAACUACUAGUCCUAGAAGUAUAACUUUGAUAAAAAGUACAGACGCUAUUAAAAAUACAUUAGAACCUUGA